GGGCGAAUUUUAUUUGUUUUGUGCAUCAAAUUUGUAGUAGGAGGAAAAAGUGGUAUUUCUUGUAUUUCAUUAUCAGACAUUAUCUUCCUAGGUGUUAACUCCAGUUUACAUACCUAAAACUUUUUCCCCGGAGUAUGUGUGUAGGUCGAGUUCAGGUAUGGCUAAUCUGGAGUUGGAUCCACUGUUCCGUCGUGGGUUGCGGCUUCUGCAUUCACGGAGCCGGGACUCUGUGGAUCAGCUGAAAGCCAUUGUAGAUGAAGCAGUCAGACAGAGACAGGGAAAGACUAUACCUCCGAUGAGCAAGGAUCCAUUCAGUCUUCGUAGAGAAUCUCCAAUUCCACGAUCAAAACCUGGCAGUCCCAUUCCUGUUUCUAUUUCAAAGAGAGAGGAAAUUAAAAAGGAUAUGGAGCGAAAAUUGAAUAUGCGUGAUGAUGAUAUGAUAAUGCCCAAGAGGCCACGUUUAGACUCUCCAAGUGCAUUCAAGUCUCACACUCCUUCUCCAACACCAUCCAUUAAAUCUGAAAGUUCUUCUCGUAGUCGAAAGUCUGAUGAGAGUGAGUCAGAUACUGACAUGAAUGAUCUGGCUAUGGAAAUAAUGGAUGAGGUCAACUGCACAGUUUGCAAGAGCUUUGAGGUAUCUCCACGUAAUCGGCUGGUGGAGUGUCAAGAAUGUCACUCAUUAUACCAUCAAGAGUGUCACAAGCCACUUGUCACCGACCAAGAAGUCAAUGAUCCACGUCUUGUUUGGUACUGUGCCAAGUGCACUAAGACACUUAAAAAGCAGACUGCUAUGGUUAACACAUCUGGAAGUAGCAGCUUGAGUGGCACUCGAGGAGUUGGAGGUGGAGGAAUACCCAGCAUGUCAAGUGGGGGGAAGUCUGGAGGGUCACAUUCUCGUCCCACAACCUCGCCCCCUACUAAGGGUCUUAGUAGUCUUUCUCGUCUAUCACCCUUUGCUAACCUUUCUUCUGCUUCAGGAAGAAACUUAGGAGGCUCCAAUAACAGUGGUGGCAAUAAUAAUGGUAGCAACAAAUCAUCACUAUCAUCAUCAUCGUCGUCAUCAUCGGGAAAAUCAUCUGCACCAUCUAAUUCAAUGAUUUCAGCUGAAAGGAGAAUGCACUUAAUGAAAAAGAAAGCAGCAGCAAAAAUGGCAGAGAAACGAAAGUUGUAGCAAGAGAAUACAUUUGAUGUAGGAAAUUCCACUAAAAUGUAAUUUGUACAGAGACAUUAUAUAAGCUUUAAACUAUAUUGUACAUUAUAUGUACCGUAUUUCUUUAUCUUCCAAUUAUUUUAACUAAAUACUCAUAAAAUGGACCCGUGCCAGCUUAUGAAGUACUCAGUACUAGUUAUAACACUUAUAAUCUUGACUUCAGCAACAUGCUGAUAAUAAAUAAUUGGCUUUGUUUACAGUUUAUGCUAGUACUUGAUGUGCUGCAAAGAGCCAGUCAUUCACUUUGUUGUUGACAAAAAACAGUAUCACUUAUUAAAGAUUUCAUCCUGAUUAGCUUUAAAGAUAAUUAUAUACAGUAUUUAUUCUUGUAUUGUAAUUCGAACUUUAUCAUAUUGGCUUUUAUAAAUUAUCCAGAUAGUUAGGUUAUCAUCAUUUAUAUGAAGUUGAUGUAUAGCAAAAUUUAAUGUGUCAAGUUUGAUUGUUUUUUUAAUUUAGCUCAUCAGUUGUUAUGCAAUAAAUGGAGGUAAAGUAAAAUUUCAUGAUGUAUUGAUAAAUAUUUAUUGUGUAAGAAUAUUGGUGAGCUCAUUGUCAUAAGAAAUAAAAGAUAUACUGAAUGCAUAAA